GUUUCUAAUUCCCUUCCCCUUUAUCUCCACUCCAAUUCCCCAAUUCUUCUUUGCAUAGAUGCGAGAUCGGUCUCGGAUCCAUGUUUUUUUUGGGGAAAAUCGGCGAUUUUGUUGGAAGUAAGGCUGAUUUUGAUGUAAAGAUCAGUUGUUUUCCCGAAUUUUUCUCUGUUUUGGAAGGGAUACUAUCGAAUUUAUGGAUCAAUGGGCUCCUUAAGUCUCCUUUUUGCGAAUUCUGUCAAAAAGUUACCUUAUUUUGCCGGAUAUUCUUUUGCUGGGAGUGGUCAUAGGGUUACUGUAACAGAGAGGAGAGCCUGAUCGACCAUGAGUAGAUCGAGAUCAAGUAGGGAGACAUUUCAAGAUCUUGAGUUAAGGCUUGGGCCUGCUUAUCUAUCUAAAGGAGGCAUGUUGGCUGCUAAUUGCUUAAGGGGUUGCCCCGAUUUCAUAAUGAUCGAGGAUGAUGAUGAUGAUGUGCAAAUAUGUGCUGCUGCUUCUUCGGGCGAGACAUUUAGGGUUUUCCCUUAUUCAAGUCCAUGGGCACCUGCAAUCAGAGAAGAGGACUUAGAACUUCGUCUUGGAGUUGGAGCCUCUAGUGGGUAUUCUGGGAAUUCAAAUGGUGGGGCUAAUACAUUAGAAGAUAGAUUCAGAAACCCCAAUGCCUGGAAAUCCAGCAAGUGGAUGCACCACAAGUCAUCUUGCAUUAACAUGAUUGGGUGUGGACAGGCAUCAAGUAGCCGCUACAUGUCGGACUCUAUAGAGGUGAAACUGAGAUGUGCUAUUUGUAUGGACACUAUGAAAGAGGAGACAUCGACAAUUUGUGGGCAUGUAUUUUGCAAACCCUGCAUCACUGAUGCCAUCAGAGUGCAGAAGAGAUGCCCAACAUGCCGGGAGAAACUUUCCAUCAGCAAUAUUCACCGCAUAUACCUCCCUGGAGCAACUUCUUAGCAACUGAGUAUAUAAUCUCAUUCAGGCUAUUCUCUGCCCUCGUUUGAUCCUCUGAUCAUUUUCCUGUGAGCCACAUUUAAGAGGGGGAAGGAUGGGCCAUGAUACCCUUAUCAUAUUAUAAAGGGUUCUGAGACAUAAGGGACUGUAUUAGUGAUUCUGAGAUCUAAUUAUGUGAUUUGUUGUGGAAGAGAGUUUUUGCAGGUUUAUGUAGCAGCACUUCUUUUAAAUUGAAUAAGUAUAUACCAUGAUAAUUGAAUUGACUCAGUUGCUUUUAGUC